CAGCUGUGGCUGUCUCCGUCCAGUGCCCCUGAGGCGCUCAGCUGCCGGCCCCUGAAGCCGCGCCAUGAGCGACCGAGCCGGCCGCAGGAGGACAAUGAAGAAGGACGAUGAGGGCCUGGACCUCUCCAUCCCCUUCGACGAGACGCCGCACCUGGACCCGCAGAUCUUCUACAGCCUGAGCCCCUCGCGGGCAGCCUUCGAGGAGCCCGCGGAGCCCGCGUCCCCGUCGCCGGCGGUGGCGCUGAUGGCCGGCGUCCGGGCGCAGCUGCACAUGGCGCUGGAGCGCAACUCCUGGCUGCAGAAGCGCAUCGAGGACCUGGAGGAGGAGCGGGACUUCCUGCGCUGCCAGCUGGACAAGUUCAUCUCCUCGGCGCGCCCCGAGGCCGAGGACCACUGCCGGGUGAAGCUUGGGCCCCGCCGGGUCGAGGGGGACGGCCGGGGCGGCCCUGGGGUCGAGGCCUCAGACCCCGAGUCCGCAGCCUCCUCGCUCAGCGUGGCGUCUGAAGAAGGCAGCAACGGCGAGAGGAAGAGGCCGAGGCAGAAGGGGGGCGCCGGCAGGCGGCGUUUCGGGAAGCCCAAGGCUCGGGAGAGGCAGCGGGUGAAGGACGCGGACGGCGUCCUCUGCCGCUACAAGAAGAUCCUGGGCACCUUCCAGAAGCUCAAGAGCAUGUCGCGGGCCUUCGAGCACCACCGCGUGGACCGCAACACGGUGGCGCUGACCACGCCCAUCGCCGAGCUGCUCAUCGUGGCCCCCGAGAAGCUGGCGGAGGUGGGCGAGUUCGACCCCUCCAAGGAGCGCCUGCUCGAGUACUCGCGCCGCUGCUUCCUGGCGCUGGACGACGAGACGCUCAAGAAGGUGCAGGCGCUCAAGAAGAGCAAGCUGCUGCUGCCCAUCACCUACCGCUUCAAGCGGUGAGGCGCCGCCGCGCCCUCGCCGAGGCAGAACUACUCGGCGAAUCUAAAUUAAAGAGACGGUGACAUUUG